UCGGGUUUUAUCUUUGAAACGAAGAAUAAAGCCGAGGAUUGUUUUGAAAAUGUUUGUACAGUGAUAACAAAAGUUUCAGCUAUUUUUGAACAAUUUUAAAUUCAGAUGGAAGUUACAUGUGGACUUUUGUCAAAUUUAGUACAAACAAAAUCGAUAGAACGAGUUUUAGCACCAAUUGCGUCACAGAUUUCGUUGUUGAUCAUUCUUGACCAUUCAGAUGGCAUUCAAACAGAUAUGGGGCCCUGUGCUGAAAUGGUUAUGCAGGCUGCAGAACGUCUUGUGACACUAGGAAAAGAAAGAGCUAACAAGACUGCAGAUGAUGAGCUGAAGAGACAGAUGGAGAGUGCUUGUGAGAUCUUAGAUUUAUCUAGCAGUGAUUUAUAUAUAGCAUCACAGAGAGUUACGGCAUCAGCUAGUAAAGAAAAUAAGAGUCGAGUUAUAACUGCCUCAAAGAAUGUUCUUCAAGGAACAAUGAAAGUGUUACUUGUCUCUGAUGAUUAUGAAGUUAGGAGAAUUCUGGCUGCAGCCCAUACUGUCUCAGAAACUGUUGGACUCCUAAGUCAUGUUAAUAAUAUGACUGAUCUGUUAUCUAGAUUUAAGAGUUUCACAGAUACUACUUCCAUUUUAACAUCUUUAGCAAACAAGAGACAAAAAGAUCUGUGUCAAGAUAGACAAAGGGAGAAAAUAAUUACAGCUCUCAAUCUACUGAAGAAAUCCAUUCCAUCAAUAAGUGUAGCUUUACAAAGUUGUAUAAAAUAUCCUAGUAAUGCACAGGCUCAUGUGAGCAAGUCCUAUGUGAUAAACCAAGUUUUGUCUGCUGUUAGAGAUAUAGUUGAGGCCAUAGAAAACAAAUUUACUGAAGAAGAUUAUUUAGAUGUAGAGGAACCUGGAUACUUUGUUUCUAAAAUUGAUCAGAUAUUAGAGGCCCUGUCUACAGAAAACCGAGAAGAUUUAGAUAUAGAUGUAGAAAGUUGGACAGAAGGAAUUAUCAGACAUAGUAUGUUAGUGGCACAUCUCUGUACAGAUACAUAUAGAAAUCUUAUAAUCAUUAAUUGUCAAAGGAUUUUACAACUUAAAGGUCGUGUAUUAGCCUUGUCCAUUUCUAUCAAAGAGAAAACAGAUAUACAAAGAAUGAGAGAGGAUUAUGAUGAGUGUUGUGAAUCCUUGAUUGAUGAGUUUUGUGAACUGGAGAAGAACGUCAACAUGAGUUUACUUCACUUGAUAGUAGAUAUAUUCAAAGAAACAACAGAACCUAUAGAAAGAUUGAUAAAGGCAGCUAUGUAUCCUAAACAGGAUCAGUCUAUAGGAGAAAAUGACAUUUUGAUAACAGAGUUUGAAGAACAUGCAGAUAAAAUGUGUCAAGUUGCCAGCUUUGCUGCAGCUAGCUCAACUGAUGCCACACGUGUGAGAGUAAUAAGAACAUGUGUAUGUCAUCUUGAAAGACUGGAUCCUGACAUUGUUCCAGCAGCUCUAUGUAUGGCAAGGGACCAGUUAGACAAAAUGGCCGUCCGUCAUGUCAAGCUUCUGAUGAAAGAAUGGUCAUUUGAGUUGAAUACUUUGAUGCAAAUCUUGGAUGAAAUGACAGAUCCUCAGAUAUUUAUGGGUGUCUCUGAGAAAAGAAUUGAAGAAGAUAUAGGUGUCUGUAGAGGAUUUGUAAUGACCUGUGAUGUAGAAGGUAUAAAUAGUGCAAUAAAAUCUCUGGUGGGUAGAUCACGACGUGUGUGUCAGGUUGGAGAGAGAAUUGUCGACAGCCAUGAUGAUCCACUAUAUCGUAAUGGAUUAUUGGUUUAUGUUAAAAGCCUCCAUAAAGCAAUAACUGGUAUAAGAGCAGGAUCAACUCAUGUAUACUCUGAUGUUACCAGUAAUUCAGCUGUAGAAUCAUUACUUAGAAGAUUAUCACAUUUGUUAGAAUGUGUAAGAAAAGUGAAAAAUGGUUUAAAUGCAGAUAAUCAGCCAAGCAUACUUAGUCCAGAGAGACGGAAUCUCAGAUUUGCAGAAGCAGAGAAAAGGAGGAAAACAUCCAGUUCUAGUCACAUUAAAUUUUCAUCAACUGGUGCUUUGAAAUCCCUACCACUUGACAACAGAUUCCUACAGGAGGAUAUCUGCAGUAAGGAGGACUUUCUCACACACUCAUCUAUGUCUACGCUACAAAAAGUAGUCCCCUUACAAAGAAGUGCAUUUCAGCAAAGUACUGAAUCAUUGCAAUCUGUCUCAUCUCAGGAAUCAUAUCAUCAAACAAAAGUUAAGCCACAGGAAUCCCAUCAACAGAGCAGGAAGCCUGUAGAAUCAUAUCAACGCACAUCAAGGUUAAAGUCUAGUCAAGAUUCAACCACUACCUCUCAUAUAAAGGAAAAGAUAACUGGUGCUGUAACCAAGGGAGAUAAGCAUGUUAUAAAGUCUGUGAGCGGAGAUUUGUUAGGCUGGAGUAAUCAUAUAGUAGAUAGUGCUGAAUGUCUUUUGGUACACUCUGAUACUGCCAAAAGAAGAAAUAUACAUUCCUUGUGCAGUGAGGUAGAUGAAUUAGUUGCAGAUCUGACAGAGAAAUUAAAAUAUGUAGCAAUGGGUGAUCAAGAUGAUAUUUCUGAUAUUUGUUCUCUAAGUCAACUAUGGGAAGUCAAGAUUGAGAAGAUAAGAGUAUUUAUAGAUGUUACAGUGGACCAAUGGAAGGACAUUUCCGACCCUGUUUAUCAGUCAACCACGUCAUCUGAUCAGCGCUUAAUGAAACAACAGAUUGACUCAUUAAAACAACACACCACAAGUAUAUCAGAACUAAUGGAUUUAACAGAAAGUAUUGGUGAUAAAGAUAUUGGGGAAGAAAGAUGUCAACGUCUGCAAGAGAAUAGUAACGAGUUAGAUAACAUUACAGUUACCAUAGUAACAACAUCAGGUGUCAUAUAUAAAUCAUCUACUCAUCAAGAUAAAUGUCAACUUGAACAACUUUGCAGAGAAUGGGCUGUAAGAAUAUUUUGUGUUCUGGAUGACCUUGAAGGUUUGACCUCUGACCUUUACACUAAAGGUUGUGACAGAAGAGUGUGGCCAAAUGACAGCAUUCCAUUGAAAGACUCACAACUGUUUGAACAUAUACUGCAUCAGAAUAGUCAGAUUAGGAAUCUCUUACACAGUGCAUGUCUUGGAAAUGACAGUGUUUCUGAAUUAGCAACAUCCCUUUGUUUAGAUCUAGAUGGAUUAUAUGACAGUAUGAAAUCCACUUCCUCCAGGAAAAAGAGAGAAGUGGAUAAGAUAACCGUGACAUACAUAUGUUGUAGACUUGGUCUACUUUCUGCACAGUGGAUUGUUAAGAGUAUAAAAUGUAUGGAUAUAUUACAAGAGCAGACAUUAAUGUAUACAGCAUUGUUAAAUAAACUGUCAGAUAGCGCUGUGGAAGUUAGGACAGCUAAAACAGAUGCAGAAAAACAAAUGUGCAUGUCAGAGUUUCAGUUGUCUCUCAGUAAAUUCAGUGAAAGUUUGAUGAGUUUACGACAGAAAACUUUACAAGGUAUCCAGCUGUCUACAGAACUUGACAAGCGAUCAGCUGUUAGAAAGUGUUUAGAUGAAGUAACUGGUAUAUCUCCUCAGCUUAUUGAUAUUGUCAAAAAAUUAACUGAAGAUGGCGAUUUAUCAAGUACAAUGGAAGAAUUCACAAAACAGAAAGUUUCAUGGGCAGCUAAAGUUCGUCAACUUUUAGUGUGUAUACAACAGAUGAAAGAUUUAAAGCCAGGAUUAGUUAAAAACUUGAAUAAAGUUUUAGGUGUUAAAACACCUGAAGAAUGUACACAUACUGACACAUUAGAGCCUUCAAUCCAAUCAGUUGAGGAGAAUGACAACAAACAUGGAGGAUUUAGAACAGUACAUGAAGAACUUCUCUGUGUUACAAGUGAAAAACAGAAUAUGGCAGUUGGUCAAUUUUCUAAAGUUGGAAGGAAAAAGAAGGCAUCAGAUUCUCCUUAUAAACCUAAUGCUUCUGUUCUAGCAGCAUCAAAAUACCUGCAGUCCGAGGCAGAGAAAUGGGAAGAUGAUUGUAAUCCUAUUGUUAAGGUUGCUAAGGAGAUGUCCUCACAGAUAAAUAAAAUGACAGGCUAUAUAAGAGGUGAAGGUCAGAUUCAAACACAUGAAGAACUAGUAAAGACAGCAAGAUCUGUAGCAGAGAAUGGAAGAAAGAUGAUGAAAUUUGCAGAAAUCCUCUCUCAGCAUUGUGUGGAUAAAAGGUUUGCCAGAGAUUUGAUAUUUUAUGCCAACCAGAUACCAACAGUCAGUACACAGCUGAGUAUAAUAUCCAAUGUCCAUCAAGGCUCAUCAGGAGAUGGAGAUAUUCCAUCAAAUGAGGAAGUGUUUGUUUGGUACAAAGACAAGGUGACUAAAAUUUUGACGGAGAAUGCAGAAAACUUGAUGAAGAUUGUUCUACAGACCAUGAAAGCAGCUGAGGCAGUAUGUGUAAAAGGUUUAAAGGCUCCUGAAGAUUCCAGUAACAGUGAUGCCACCAGUGCCAUUGUCCUAGCCACUCAGUGGCAGAGACGACUGAUUCGACAGAGACAGAGAGAGAUUGUGGAUGCUGACAGAGAUGAUCUUGGCUUACGUAGAAUAGAGGAGCACAGGCCACCAAAGUUAACACAAAUAUUUAAAACGGAAUAACUCAAUUUUACUCUUUAUAUGACUUUUUUUUAUUUCAAAAGACAGAAAUAUACAAUUUUUAUAGAAGAUGUCAUGCAUUUGGUGUUGCCAUUAAUAAUAUUGGUGGAAGAUUUCAGUGAAAACGAUAUUUGUUUUUUUAAAUCUAGAUUGUUUUAGAAAUUUGGUAACUUUUGUGGAGAUUUAUUUAUGAAUGUUUUGUAAGUUACCUGCCAAAAAUUUCUAUAGGAAGCUUAUAUUUACAUAAUUUUUCUGUUAGUCAUACUUUUAUUAUGUAUCACAUAUAUUCUCCAUAUAUUUAUAGAGAACCAAAUGAAUAUUUAAAAUUUUGUCAGUUCUAUUGUCCCUUUUAAUAAAUACAAUAGCUAUUGUUCUUUGUGUAGUUUAUUCACUAGGACCUUUUAAUUAUUUCUAAUAGAAAUCUAUCACUCAUUAAUUACUUUACAGGUCAGAGUAAAAUAAUAUCUUUGUAAUAGAUGAAAAUACAGGUUUUAACUAAAACAAAAUGCUUGUGAUGUUCUAUAUAUUCAAUAUCAUUAAAAUGUUUUCAAUCUGAUCAAUAUAAUUAUUUAAAUUUAAAUAGGAGAUGAAUCUGUGGAAAAGUUUUCUUUGCUUUGCAAUAAUACAUUUGUAAGGACAAUAGAAUAUAAUUCAAAUUGGAUUAUCUCCCAUGUACUAGAAAAUUCAACUGAAAAAAUAACUAACAUGCAUAUAUUUGUACUGUAAUUAGAACACUUUCCAGUGACAAAUUCAGAAGGUUUGAAGAGGGUGUAUGUCCCCCUUUAAUUGUUUUGUUUUCACCAUGAAACUAUUGAAGGGCUUAAUAAACUUCAGCCUUUCCCAGUUUUAAAUACAAGUAAGCCAUUGACCUACUAUUGUAUAUGCAUAAUGUGUACUCUUUUAAUACAUGUACAUGAAAUGGAAAAAAGAUUAAAGGAUGAUUUUUCAGUAAUAUUCUUUUUUAUCAGGGCUUAUGAUACCUUCUGAAUUUCUACUUAUAAAAACUAGGCCAAAAUAAUAUUAUAUGAAUGGGUAGCUUUAACAUGAAUAGUUCAUUUAAUAUUAGGCAUUUCCCCCAAGUCAUACUUAUCAACUGUUUUAAGGUUAUUUUAUUUUCAAAUGCAACUGCAGGUUGGGAGUUUUUUGCGUUUAAAAUAUUUGCACUGUUGUUUUAUGGUCUUCAGUCACUGAUGUUAGUACAAUGUACAUUGGUUUAUUUAGUUUAUAUUGUUAUUUUUUUACAAGUACUUUUUCUACCAUUUUAUCUGUAAUAUUAAUGAAUAUAUGUCAAAUAAUAUUUCCCAAUUGUUUUUAUUUAUUUUAUUUAUAGUCUGCUUGUGUUGUGAACAUUUUUAUACAUGAACAAAACAUUUACAAUAUUGCAUUAUGUAUUUUAUAAUUUUAUUUAACCUUAAAUAGUUGUGCAAUAAUAUUUUGUGUAUUUAAACAUGUGGUGGACAUUUUAACAAAAAAAUCAAACUUUUUUGUGCCACAUUUUCAGAACUUGGAGCUCAGUAUUUUCCUUAAACUUUUUUAAUGUUUUGUAGAAAUGCUCGAAAGCAUAUACCUAAAGAUUUGAUUUUUAGAAUUGAAAUACUGGUAGUCACUAUUUGUUUAAAUUCAAACUGAUUACUGGUAUGCAUUUGAUAUUUCUGAGAAAGAUUACCAAAUAGUAUGAGCAGUACUACACUGAGUAAAAAUAAAAACAAACAGUAAUCAAAGUUAAAAAAUAUAUGACAGAAUAUGUCUCAUAUGAAGAGAAGUGUAAUAGACCAUAUUAAUAUUUAUAGUUGAACUGGUAUAUAAUGUGGAUUCAUUAAUUUUCUUGGAUACCAAUUUCGUAGAAUGAUGAAAAAUUGUAUUUUCAUAGAUAUUUUAGUUUUUGGUUUGCUAAAUUCUUUAAACAUGGGUAAUAAGCCUAAAGAAAAUUGUGACUGUUAAAAGUUUAAAUUUGUGGUUCAUCAAUAACCUGUUAAUCCACGAUGAGUAAUUUUUCAUCAUCAACAAUAAUGAAUCCACAGUUAUAUGGUGGAAUAUUUAGAAACCUUACCGACUUUAUUACUAAUCAUUAUUCAUAUCAUAUUUCUAUUUAUUUAGGUGCUAAUCCAGUUGAUUUAUAGUUGAUAUAUAACUAUUUUUAUUAUUUACAAGAAACUUGUUGCAUUUAACUUUAUUUCUUAUAUAUACAUGAACUUUAUUAUU